AUGUCGCGGCUCAAAUCUCUGGAACCCAAAUAUCCGAUACCGCGUGACACGAGAACGCUUGCAGCUGGACAGAAUAUCCUGGGAAACGGCGAGGAAGGACUCUACCGGCGCUGUAGAUUCUUGCACUGCAAGCUGAUAGCCGCAUACGCGGCUCACGCGCUCAUUUGGCCAGAUGGGAGAAGGGCCAAAUGCCUGCCUGAUCCCUGUGGGAUGGUCGAUCACGGUUUCUCCGACGACGUCUUGCUCCCCGAGUACGAAUUAUUGGGCUACGCGGCGGACUCUCCUCUCACCCCCUGGCCAGUCGAUAUCCGCAAGGCCUAUGUAUCUCGAGACGAUAAACCGCAUGUUUUCAAACCGCUUACUCCCCACCGCCUCGCCCCCAAAGAGCUCUUGAGAGCAGAACUAAUGAUCAUACUGGGCGUUAUGUUGCGCAGGAUGAAGGUCCCGUCUUUGGAGCGCCAUCGCGCAAUUCCGCCGUGA